AUGAGUUUGAGACUUGAUUAUAUUUGUGAUAAUUAUAUUUAAUCGGAUAAUAAAAAGAAUGACAAUUUGAAUAGAAUAAUUAAUCCAUAUAUUAUUUUGUUGUAUAAAAUUAUUACUUACUCCUUGAUAAUGAUUUUAGUAAGCGGUUUUCCUGAAAAUGUUAACGAGGAAAUAUUGUAUGAGACAUUUAGAAUCUAUGGCAAAAUGCUUGAAAUAAAGAUCAAGAAGGAAUAUUAUGAAUAACAGAGUGCAAUUAUAGAAUUUGCAGAUUCGAUAUCAGUUCAUUAAAUUUAACUAGAAAAGAAAGAAUUUAAAAUUGAUAAUAACAUCCUCAAAAUUUCACUUCAUGAUGAUUAAAACUAAAAUGAGUUUAGAACUAAUAAUUUAUUUGUAAAUAAUAUACCUUCAAAUAUUACCUAAGAGUAAUUGUCCAUGUUUUUUGAGUAAUUUGGACAAGUCUUCAAUUGUAAAAUAAAGAAAUCAAAUUAUUUGAACCAUAAACCUUAAUUUUCCGGCUUUGUGGAAUAUAAGAAUCCUUAGACUACCGUAGAUUUGAUGGAAAUAUACUUGAGGUAACCAUUAAAAGUCAAUGGAAAAAUAUUGAUCAUCCAACCUUGUAAAGACAAGACUUAGCCAAGAGUGUCGAUAUAAAUGAUAAUAUAGGGUUUUUGUAGAAAGUUGAAUUAGGCAGAAUCAUAGAUUUUUGGAAUCUCAAGAUUUAUUGAAUUAAUAUGGGAAUUAUUAAUAGUAGAUUAUUUUAAUUCAAGAAAAUUGUAGAUGAAAAAUUGUUUUGUCAAAAUGAAGAACGAUUAACCAUACAUAAUUUUGGUAUUCCCAACCUUAAGUGAUACCAUCAAAUUUAUGAAAUUAGCAGACCAAAUUAAAGGACAUCCUUGCUUUUAGCAUGAUUCAGAUUGUAUCCCAACAAUACUUAAAAAAUAUUCAGUGGAUUCAUCUCUAUCUUAAACAUUUCAAUAGUUUCACUAAUAGCAUUUGUCGAUAAAUGAAUAAUUUUAAAGUAGAGCAACUCAAGAUUAUUUUAGUGGGAACUUCUCAAAUUUCAGUUGCAGAUACCAUUUCAACAAUUAAGAUUAUUAUGAUGAUAGAAUACUAGUCAUUUCAAAUUUAAAAAGUUCAGUUACUAUUGUAUAAUUGAAAGAGUAUUUCCAAUAAUUUGGUUUGAUAAAAUCAGUAGUCUUAAGAAAUGAAUAAAAUGGAAAAGCUACUAAGGUAUGUUUUGCCUUAGCACUCACUUCAUUUGAUGCUUAAUUAAUAUUGUAGGAAUAUGAAAAUCAACAACUUGGAUCAAAUUAGAAUAUUUCAGACUCUCCAAUCAAAAUCUAAAAGCUUCACUAUAAGCAUUAUGAAUAUGAGAAGAUAUUUAGUGAGUUAUACGAAGAAGUAUUCUAUAAAAAAGAAAUUUAAACACCUGAAACAUAAAAUUGUAUUCUAAAAGAUAAAGAAUAUUUUUAAAGUUUUAAUCAAAUAAUUGAAGAAUUGGAGCAUUUCCAAUAACUCAGUUUAUAGGAUUAAAAAGAUAUUGAGUAGUAAUUAAUUGAUUAAGUUGUUGCUAAUUAAUCUUAUUUAAAUUUGGUAGAUUAAAAAAUAAUAUCAUGUAAAAUAAUAAAUAAAUAUCAGAAAUUAGAAGAUAUAAUAGAACUUUACAAAGAUCCAGCCAAAUUUAUCUUGGAAAUAGAAGAAGCUGAAAACAAUAUCAUUUAGGACUAGUAUUCAGAAACUAUUUAGUAAUAUUCUACAUUGGAUACAAUUAUGAAUAACUUUGAAGCAUUUUAUUCCUUAAAAGAUGACCAAAAGAUUAACAUCAUAAAGUUUCUAUUGAAGUAACACAUAAUUACAGAAUUAUAAAUGGAUGAUAAUUAGGCAAGCAAAAUCUCUAAAUAAAUAAUGAAGCAGUUAAAAUACAAAAUUCAGGAUUUGCUUUGCUUAUUGGAGGAUAAUACUGAAUUUUUGAAUGCACUGAACAAAAAUGAUUGAUAUAUAUAUACAU